CCAUAGUCAGACGCACACAGAUCUAACGGCAUAUGAGUCAUAGCUAAAUAAAAUCAUUUCUAAAUGACUAACACUUAAUCGCAGCUAGGAGAACAAAUGAACUGACAUUGCCAAAGAUAUUUUGCCUGUGACUUUUGUUACCGUGGUGAUUCAAAGUAAAGGAAUAUAUGAAAGUGAAAGUAGCUUACGACCUGGGUGGACCACAUCCUGAUGUUCAUUUUGCUGCACGGAAAGUUUUGAUCUUCGUUGUCUACACUUAACGUUAUUUUGCUGAAUCGCAUAGGCCUACUCGAUGGCGACUUUUGAAGAUGCAAUAACUCAGGAAGACCUGGAAGAUCUUAAAGAAACCAUAUCUAAUCAGGAUCUUCCAUCAGCGAUAAACACCAUCAAAGAUUACCUUAAACAACAAGACCUCGUUGAGCUUAAUGUUGGUGUGACGGGAGAGUCUGGUUCUGGAAAGUCCACAUUUGUGAAUGCUUUCAGGGGUUUAGGUGAUGAAGACGAGAGCUCUGCUUCUACAGGUGUAGUGGAGACCACCAUGAUACCCGAGGUUUACAUUCACCCAAAUUACAAAAAUGUGAAAGUGUGGGAUCUCCCUGGAAUCGGAACGCCAAACUUCAAAGCCAAUGAGUACCUUCAGCAGGUUCAGUUUGAACGUUAUGAUUUUUUCAUCAUUAUUGCUUCGGAUCGGUUUAAGGAAUCUCACACCCAGCUGGAAGAGAUCAUGAGGAUGGGGAAGACGUUUUAUUUUGUUCGUUCUAAGAUUGACAUUAGCAUUACUGCUGAGAAGAGGAAGAAGAACUUUGACCUAAAAAGGACGCUGGAUACCAUCAGAGAGGAUUGUAAAAAUGGCCUCAAAAAGAUUGGUAUUGACUUCCCUGUUGUCUUCUUGAUGUCUGGAUGGGAACUGGGCAAGUAUGAUUUAAAUCUGCUGCAGGAGAGGUUGGAGAAGGAGCUUCCACAGCAUAAGAGACACGUGCUUAUGUUGGCUUUGCCAAAUAUCACACUAGAAAUCAAUGAGAGAAAGAAGAAAGCUCUAGAGGAAAACAUUUCCAGGGUAGCCUUCCUCUCUGCCUGUGUGGCUGUGAUUCCACUGCCCGGUCUUUCAAUUGCGGCAGAUGUAGCCAUCAUAGCAGAUGAGCUUAGAAAGUACUACAGUGCCUUUGGUCUGGAUGAUCCGUCUCUGCAGAAGCUCUGUGAAAGAUCUGGGAAAACGGUGGAGGAGCUGAAGGGUCUGAUGAAGUCACCUCUACAUAAUGGAAUAAACCCAAGUUCAGUGAUAGCUUGGCUGGGUGCUGCAUCCCUUCUUAUAUCAGAAGAUGCUAUUGAGUUUUUUGUGAGCCUUAUACCUAUUGUAGGCUCUGUUGUGGCGGGGGGGAUGUCUUAUUUGACUGUCUCAAGUAUGCUGAAGAGAGCUCUUGAUGAUAUAGCAAAAGAUGCCAGAAAGGUGCUGAUGGCUUCUCUAGAGUCUGAAGUGUAAACGGUUAUGUUAAUUAGACCUAAAAUUAGAUACAAUAAAUAUCAGAAUCAAUGAAUGAAUAUAGGGAAAUGUUUGGGAAAUAGAAGUUAUCCAAAACUAAAACAAUUUCAUGUUUACAUAUUAUAUUGAUUUAUGGUUUACAUCUAUUUCAGUAGCAGUUGUAAAAAAGAAAUAAAUAUUUAUUCUAGAUCAG